UAUAUGUAUGUAUAUAUAUGAAAAAACUAUGAAGUUUCUCUCAAGAAUUUGCCAAGAAGAGAUUUUUGUUUUCAAGCAUAAAACAAGAGAUUAUAUGAAGUUGGAGAUAACAAAAGGCGAAAAAAGAGACGUCUAAUCGGAACAAAUUAAAAAGGAUUGAGUGGUUGCAGCAAUGGAAUUAAAGGAGGAAUUGGGCUUUGUGAAGAAGAGCGAAUUGUGAGAAGGUGAAGCUUGCUCUGUUCCAUGUUUCUGUUGACAAAUUCAACUCUUUUUUUUUUUUUUUCAAUAUAUAUACUAAUAAGAAAGAUAUUAUAAAGAAAUUUAUGGUCAAUUGAUUUAUAAAUGUUUUCAGUUUUUUGUUUUCUUUUUUUUCUUUUUCCGACCAGUAAAAUUUCCGACUCCGCCCGUGAUGAGGCCACGUCCCACCAUUGAUGUCAUGUCACUCCCUUCCUUAUAUAAAUAGAAGAAUGGAGGCCCAAGGACAAGGUUGUGGCGGCGGCGGUGGCGGUGGUGGUGAGGUGAGACGCCUUCACGUUGUCUACUUUCUCAGCCGUGAGGGUCGGAUUGAACAUCCCCAUCUCAUUCGAGUCCACCAUCUCUCUCGAAAUGGUGUUCGUUUGCAAGAUGUUAAGAGAUGGCUUUCGGAAUUGCGAGGAAAGGACAUGCCUGAAUCAUUUUCUUGGUCUUACAAAAGGAGGUACAGGACAGGUUAUGUAUGGCAAGAUUUGCUGGAUGAGGAUCUCAUCACACCAAUCUCUGACAAUGAAUAUAUCCUCAAAGGAUCCGAAAUUGUCUCUAAUACCCUUGAUUGCGAUCUUCAUUCAUAUGGUGAAAAGAAAGUUUCCAUGCAAAAUAAGUCACUUCUUCAACAUCUUGAAAAUGAGGCCAAAGACCACAAACACUCUUCUAAAGAAGCAAUUCAAGGUGAUUCACAAGCUACAAUGGACAUACCACUGAAAACAUCAUCUGAAAUCGAAGAAGAGUCUCCUGUUUUCGGCUCCGAGACAUCAAACUUAGCGGAUGAUUUAGUUCAGGUCGAGGAAAAGAAGCAUUCGGAUACAACAAAACAAGAAUCACACGAACAAAUUGACAAGUUUGAGAAUUCUUCUCAUUUGUAUUCUAGUCUUUUGAGCAAGAAGAGUAAGAAGAAGAGCAGCAGCAACAACAAUGGUGACAAAGAAAAGAUUAGUACACCGGCUUCAUCAUCAUCAACAUCUUCGUCGGCGUGGUCUCACUCCUCUUCCUUCAACAAGAGCAAAAGCUACUCUAAUGGAGCUUCUCAGGUGUUCCGAAACUUGAUCACUUGUGGUGCUGUGGACACUAAGGACUCAACAAUGGCGAUGAUCAACCGGCGUGACAGGAGUUCUUUGAGUGUGUUUAACAGUGAUUCUACGCCAUUGAUUUGCAAAGGAGAGAAGGUUGGAGGGUCUGAGAGGAUUUUUGGGACCCCUUGCAAUCAAAUCCACCACCACCAUAGUGCUCGGAGAAGCUGUGACGGGGGGAAGAGUUCAAAGAAGAACAAGGAGAGUGAAUUCAGUAACACCAAACCGAAUUUUGCUGCUUACAAGCCAGUCAAUGGGCCGAAUUGCUCGCAAUGUGGGAAGACAUUCAUUCCGAAGAAAAUGCACACACACAUGAAGUCCUGUAAGGGAACCAAGGCCUCAGCAAAGGGUGUUAGUUUUGCUGCUGCUUUUGAGAUAAAAUCACCAUCAAAGAGCUUGUCAAUGGAUUCUUUUAACCAGAAUUAAAUUUCAAGCUAUUGCUUGUCCCAAGUAAAUUCCUGUAAUUUUAUGAUUAUAUAAUUCUUAUACUCAUACAACUUUCUUUCUCAUUGUAAAGUUACAAAACUAAGUAACUUUAAUAAU